AUGGUCUACCCGGAGGAACCAAUCUGGUCCAUUCCACACAUUCCGGCACUGUACGAUGAUGGCGAUUAUGGUGUGAACGUCGUGGAGGCACUGCAGGAGUUUUGGCAAAUGAAAGCAGCGCGAGGUGCCGACCUUAAAAAUGGUGCUCUAGUGAUAUACGAAUCCAUACCGUCCACCAGCCAACCGUACGUGUGCUAUGUAACCCUGCCCGGUGGAAGCUGUUUCGGAAGUUUUCAGAAUUGCCCUACGAAAGCAGAAGCUCGGCGAAGCUCCGCGAAGAUAGCUUUAAUGAAUUCCGUAUUCAACGAACACCCGUCCCGGCGUAUCAGUGAUGAUUUUAUCGAGAAAGCCGUCACCGAAGCACGCGCAUCCUUCAAAGGUGAACAGAACCAAGAGGACGAUGGUCCCGAUACCGGCAUAGGCGCAUUCAGAUUUAUGCUGGAAACCAACAAAGGUCGCACCAUGCUGGAGUUCCAGGAGCUGAUGACCGUGUUCCAGCUGCUACACUGGAACGGUUCGCUCAAGGCGAUGCGCGAACGACAAUGCUCGCGACAGGAGGUGGUCGCCCACUACUCUAACCGAUCUCUGGACGACGAGAUGCGCCAACAGAUGGCGCUUGACUGGAUUGAGCGGGAGCACGAAAAUCCGGGCCUGCUCAGCCGGGAGCUGGCUAUAGCCGAGAGAGAACUAGAGACUGCCCGUUUGGCGGGACGGGAACUGCGGUUCCCAAAGGAGAAGAAAGACAUCCUGCAAAUGGCGCACAACCAGCUUACCGGUGGCAGCAACAUCAACAGUUGA